UUCGGUAAAGGGACGGGGACGUGUGUUGUUUUGCCUCUUUAGCCGUUAACCCUGGAGUGUAUUCAGAUGCUACGUGACCGCAUUAAUGAAGUUUACGAUGACAGAGUGCACCCAGGAGGCUAUUCUGAGCUAUCUGAGGGAGAAAGGAGGCAAAGUGAGGAACACGGAUUUAAUUGAACACUUUAAAGAAGUUUUCCCGGAGGAACCGGAGAAGAAGGCGGCCGUUCGGCAGAGCUUUAAAAACUACGUCGACAACGUUGCUUUUGUGAAAACCGAGGAUGGAGUUAAAUAUGUAAACUUGAGAAAGAAGUUCCACGUUUCGCUACGGGACAAUUUAAGGACAGAAGAGGAGAAAGUCCGUUACACCGCCGGUGCAGAGCGAACGGACGGCAGCCGGGAGGAGCCUCACGCCGCGGGACAACAACAAACAGCACCUGGCUCAGGUUACGGAACUGACAGCCAGGUGAGAGUUCCGCAUGCUUUCCCCACUGAAACUAUUGUCCGGGACAAAAGAGACAGCAGGAGCGAGUGUCAUGAGUUUGUUUGCAUAGAGGAGGACUUGGACAACAGCUCAGGUGAGAUGGGGAACAGAGGAAGCUUCAAACGAGAGAAGAGAGACUCCACAGAGAAGGAGCUGGCUGGAAAAUCACCCAACAUACCAGAAAUUGCGGUGAUUGAAGCGUCGCCGCUCCCUGCUGAGGGAUCUGUGUUCACCCUGCCUGGGCCUGCACAAACCGGUAGUACAGGGCAGGUACUCACAGCGACUGCUGGUCUGAAUCCUACUGACAGGCAAGCUGAGCUGCUUUCACUAGAAGACCUGAAAGAAGAGGAGAAUAAUGUGGCGACAAAGUGUGUAUCUGGACAGCCAGGGUCAGACAGUGAGGAGGAUGAAGGACACCUGGACAGUUUGUCAGGGAGUGAAGGCAAUGUCACCCCCAAAGGCAGCCGCAAACACUUCCUGGAGCUCAUGAUGAACAGCUCGCCCCAGGUCAGGCGCAACAUGGUGUUUCGCAACUCGGUCCACCUCUCCUCCAGGAGCGACAGCGACUCGGCCUCCUUGGUGUCCUGCAGCCUGGACGACGACAGGGCAUCCGUGACCCUGGACCCCGUGGAGCACGAGUGGAUGAUGUGUGCUUCGGAUGGCGAGUGGGGCAGCCUGCAACUCCUCCUCACUGCAGAGCCCAGCCUCAUCCUGAGGAAGGACUUUGUCACCGGUUUCAACUGCCUGCACUGGGCAGCCAAGCACGGCAAACCAGAGCUCAUAGCCCUGAUUGUUAACUUUGCCAAGCAGCACAAUGUUCCCAUCAAUGUGGAUGUUCGCUCCAACACCGGCUACACGCCGCUGCACAUAGCUGCCAUGCACAACCACAUGGAGGUGGUGAAGCUCCUGGUGGGUGCCUACAACGCAGACGUAGACAUCAGAGACUACAGCGGGAGGAAGGCCUGCCAGUACCUCACCGACAAUGUCAGCAUGGACAUACGGGAUAUCAUAGGUGCAUACGAGCACUCCGAGUCCCAGAAAGCAGACCGCAGGGAUGAAGGCCGCUGGAGGUUCUCUAAGGUUCUCCAGUCCAACCUGAAGCCGCUCAGGCUGCUUCACCCCUCUGACUGUGACUCUAUGGACGGGGAGGACCGACCCAGAGAGAAACCCGUCAGGAGGAAUUCUUCACUCAGCAGGAUGAAACCCAAACUGGAGAAGCUUCGCUGGAGGACGUCUCAGAUCGUACAGAGUGUUUCGUUCCACAGCAAGGACGAUCUGGACAGCUCGAAGAGAGGUGCCUUUAGAUCCAGGCCCAAGACACAUUUUUAUGACUGAUAUAAGACUGGAAACAAAAUGCUGACAACUAUAGUUACAGAAAUAUUGUAGCGGUUUACAUUAGGGGCUCAGUGUUGGUAGGACUUUUAAUUAACAAGUGCAUUUACAAGCCAGUAGAACAGCACAGCUUUCAGCCUGCUGAAGGUGUAGGAUUGCUGAAACUCUGAUCAGAUUUUUAAUUUGGACUCCUCUUUGGUUAUGAUCUUCUCAGCCUACAAUAUGAACCCACCUGAUCAGAUAUUCAUCAUUACCUGUUGGUAUUUAGUGUUUUGUUACGGUCAACACAGGUAAAAUAAAUAAAAUAAUAAUAAUAAAUUACCCAAACCAGCAAUGUGUUGGUUUGUCUCUUGGUACUUUCUGACUUCAAAUCUCUGGAGCUCUGAAAUUUAAAGGCAUUAAAAAGACACAGAUUGUCAUCAGUGUAUUUUAAAGCAGCACAGAUAGUCCCUUUUGCAGCUAAUUUAAAAGGGAUGUAGUUUAGUUUUUUCUAUUUGCUUCAUCAUCUACGGCAAAUGCACACGAUGUUACAGUAUUUAUCAGUGUGAAAAGAUUAGAUGUUCAAACAUACUGUAGAUGGUGACAUUCCAGGUCAGCUUGCUCCUUUUUAUCCAUCUACAGCUAACAUUAAAGUCUCUCGACCUCGAGUCUCUAAUCUGGAUUUCUUUGUGUCACAAGGUGGAGAGGCAGUGUAGGCCAGUGACCCGGAGGGAUCAUUUAAUGUAGGAUUUUGUUUUUACCACGGUGAACUGACUCAUGAAAUAAAAGCUACGGACCUCAUUUAUGAAUAACUGGAUGAGUCUCUGGUUUAGUUUACAGGCAGUUAGAGCAGAAUAAGUACUAAACAAACCAGCCUACUGACGCAGUAUGAGAACAUGGGGUGUAAAAGGUUCUGAUUAUUUUGAUUGAGGAUGUAUUAUCAUUCAUUUGGAAGAAAUUAAACCUCAGUUAAAACUGAUAAUUACUGUUGCCCUCAAUAGAGGAAAUCUGAUGUAGAAAACAAAAUGUAAUUAAUUUAAGGGCUGUCCGUCCAUGCAAAGUAGUGCAUAAAGAAAAUGUCCACACUAUCUUUUUCUACUGUAUUUAAGCUGUAAAUAAGUUGUACUUUUAUGUAGUUUCCUGUUGUUGUUUUUCUGUAUCUCCAACCAUUUGCAUUUCUUUUUUGUUUACUAAGACUUUAGCAUUUAUACCUUUUGCACAUUUAACAAACUUAUUUUCACAUUAUAAUCUAUUAGGUUGUUAGGACAAUUUUAACAGUUUUUUAUGUUGAAUCAUUGUUUGUUUUUUUUUUUUACUCAUGAAAUAAAAUAUACAUGAUUACA